AUGACGAAAAACCUCCUCUCCCUCCUGGCCCUCGCCGCCAGUGCUGUCGCCACCCCGACUCCUCCGCCCCUAACCUUCCUGUACAGCGUCAACCUCACCAUGCCCGCCGGCACCGAGCUCGGCCACGUUCCCUACGGAAGCAGAGCUCUGUUACCUAUCUCCGGCGGCACAUUUUCUGGUCCCAAGCUCAACGGUACGCUUCUCCCUUCUCCCAGAUCCCCUGACUAUUUCCUGCCAGAUUUUCCGAAUAGUCCCAUCGAACCAUCAGCCGCUAACCCUCCCUCCUCUUCUUCCUAUCACGCAGGCAAAGUAGGAAUCGGCCUCGACUGGGGCCUCACCGACUCCAAGGGUAUCUUCAGCCCCGACGCCGUCUACGCCCUGCACACGGACGACAACUCCACCAUCAUGGUGACCGAGAAGGGCCACGCGCCGCACGUGCACAUCCUGUUCGAGACCAGCAGCGACAAGUACGCGUGGCUGAACUCGAUCGUGGGGUACGCGACUGGUGCGCCGUUUGAGGGCGGGGUGACGCUGGAUGUUUGGCAGGUGAGCUAG